GGAAUAAGUGUGAAAGAGCAGGCUGUGUGCUUAGAGUUCUCAGUCUCUCACUGCCAAAAAGAAAAUGGGUGAUAAUGAUUCUCUCUCCGAAUUCCUCGCAUCUGCAGUCGACGCUGCUCACAAGGCUGGUGAGAUUAUUCGAAAAGGUUUCUACGAGACCAAGCACGUGGAGCACAAAGGACAGGUUGAUUUGGUCACUGAAACUGAUAAAGCAUGUGAAGAGCUCAUAUUUAAUCAUCUCAAGAAACUCUACCCCACUCAUAAGUUCAUUGGGGAAGAAACUACAGCUGCUUUUGGCACUACAGAACUAACAGAUGAACCCACAUGGAUAGUUGAUCCUCUGGAUGGAACUACUAAUUUCGUGCAUGGGUUCCCCUUUGUUUGUGUCUCCAUUGGUCUAACAAUUGGAAAAAUUCCUACCGUUGGUGUUGUUUACAACCCAAUAAUUAAUGAGCUUUUCACUGGAAUUCGUGGUAAAGGUGCUUUUUUGAACGGUAACCGUAUAAAAGUAUCAUCACAAACUGAACUAAUGAGCUCUCUUCUUGCAAAUGAGGCUGGAACUAAACGUGACAAGUUAACAGUAGAUGUCUGUACAAAAAGGAUUAAUAGCUUACUUUUCAAGGUGAGAUCCCUUCGAAUGACUGGCUCCUGUGCUUUGAACCUUUGCGGAAUUGCAUGUGGGAGGCUGGAUGUAUGCUUUCAAAUCGGCUUUGGAGGUCCUUGGGAUGUGGCGGGUGGUGCUGUCAUUGUAAGAGAAGCUGGAGGUGUUAUAUUUGAUCCGUCUGGUGCAGAUUUUGACGUUACAUCUCAGCGAGUAGCAGCUUCCAACCCUUUCUUGAAGGAUGCCCUUGUUGAUGCUCUGCGCCAAACAGAGUGAAAAAAUUGCUAUUAAUUAAUGACGGGGAGAAGUUGCCAUGUUAUUUCGGCCUAUGUUAAUUAAUUUCCUCUUUGUUAAAAGGGGAAGGAUUCAUUUAUAUAUAUAUAUAUAUAUAUAUAUAUAUAUAUUUUUUUUUAAAUUACACUGAGUAUGAGUGGUCAUAUAUUCUUGAUUGAAGUAUAAUCAGUCAGACAUAAUAUAAUUUGUAAGAGGUUGUAAACAAAAAGU